AUGAACUGCUUUUGUACUGCUCAAGAGUUUUGUGAGACUCCUUUUGACUAUCUCAUCGUUGGUGGCGGAACAGCUGGUCUGGUUGUUGCAUCAAGGCUGUCAGAGAAAAACAAUGUGAUAGUGGGUGUUAUCGAGGCCGGUCCGCCAGUCUUUGGGGAGCCUACAGUCGACGUGCCAGGGCGAAUGGGACAGACAAUAGGGACUCAAUACGACUGGGCUUUUGAAACAAUUCCUCAACCAGGCCUGCAUGGAAGAAGUCUUCCAUGGCCACGAGGCAAAAUGCUGGGAGGUACGAGUGCCAUGAAUUUUCUGGUCUGGAAUCGAGCAGCUCGAGAAGAUUAUGAUGCUUGGGCAAGUUUAGGGAAUCCAGGUUGGGAUUGGGCCGGGCUGAAGCAAGCGCAUUAUUUCAUGAAGAGCGAAAGUUUGAGACGCCCGCCUGAGGCUGACGCAGAGAAGUUCAGAUUCCGUGUCACAGACCGCGACCAUGGCACUACCGGUCCCGUUCAAGCCUCAUGUCAACCUUAUCUUUCAGAAACGCAUACAUAUUGGCACGAUACGUUGCAAAACCUAAAUAUCAGGACGAAUGAAGCUCAUUUCGGCGGGUCAAACGUUGGAGCAUGGACUUCAGUGGUUUGUGCUGAUCCAAAAACGCAAACCAGGAGUUACUCAGCAUCGGCGUACCUCCUUCCCUGCGGCAAUCGACCCAAUUUGAAGGUCUUGACAGGUGCUCAUGUCAAACAGAUCGUAUGGAGUCAGAAUAAAUCCAAGGGGAACAAGGUCGCUUGUGGUAUUGAGUUCUCUGUGAAUGGCCGGGACAUGAGGGCCUCAUGCAAAAGAGAAGUCAUCCUAAGUGCCGGCUCUGUGGGCUCACCACAAAUCCUAGAGCUUUCUGGGAUCGGAAAUCCCGAUAUCCUUCAUCAAGCUGGGAUCGAAGUCCAGGUUCCGAACUCGAACGUGGGUGAAAAUCUGCAGGAACAUCCCAUGACCAUGACCGUGUAUGAAAUACGACCAGACAUCAUUACCCCUGACGAUUAUGCGGACCCAGCCUUUGAGCGAAAGACAUAUCAACAGUACCAGGAGACGAGAACUGGAAUGUACACAUCGACACCAUCUUCGAUGGCUUACGUGCCUGUGUCGACAUUCGUGCCACAUCCCUCAAAACUCGCGACGAGAGCACAGUUAUAUGCAGACCGCCAUCCAAAUUCGUCGCGGAAUUACUUGAUGAACCAAAUACUCCAACGUCAGUUCUCGCCGAAGUCCAAUCUUGGCCAAGUCGAAUUCAUUCUCGAUCAUAGCAACUACAGCCCUGUCUACAAGAGCGAGCCGGGCAAGAAAUACGCCACGAUGAUGCAGAUUCUUCAGUACCCCUACAGCCGAGGCCGCAUACAUAUCGAUCCGACAGCAGCUAGGCAGGGCAAAUUGAUCAUCGACCCCAAAUAUUUCGAAGGUGAGGGAGAGAUCGAUUUCGAAGUCAUGGUAGAAGCGCAGAAAUUCGGUGACCGCAUUUGCAAAACAGCGCCGAUGAAUAGCAUUGUCCUGAAACGAGUUUAUCCCCCAGAAGAGCCUUCAGGCGACUUCGACUGGAGUUCGUGGAUGGCUGAUAACACAAUAACCGAUUGGCAUCCGGUCGGCACCUGCUCAAUGCUGCCUCGCGAGAGUGGCGGUGUUGUGGACUCCAGUCUUAGGGUCUAUGGUACGUCGAAUGUCAGAGUGGUGGAUGCCAGCAUAUUCCCCCUUCAGAUAUCGGCACAUAUCCAGGCUACAGUAUAUGCUGUCGCGGAGAAAGCUGCCGACCGCAUCAAGCAGAGCUGGAAUUCUCCUGUCCGGGCGAACUUGUGA